AGCAUUUCCGGUUCAUGGCGUCCGUUGCUAUGGAGACACCAGAAGGGAGACCGCGCGUUUAGAGGCUCCUGUCUGAGCAGGAUCCAUGUAAAGAGCAGCAGAGCGUUCGGACACGGCAACGAAUUAACCCUUUGAAGGCGCGGACUCCCCGGCAUCUCCACCAUGGCGAUCUAUGAGGUCUACUCUCACCCGCUGCUGGUUAGAUACAGAAGCAGCCUGUGCUCCAGAGCCUCGCUCUUCCUCCUGGUGGUGCUGGUGCUCACCUAUAUCCCCCCGCUCUUAGUUGCUUACCGCAGCCAGGGUUUUUGGUUGAAACAAAGCUCUUAUGAAGAACAGCCCGAUGUCCGUUUCCGCUAUGAGGCGUUGCUGAUCGCCCUCACCGGCAGCAGCGGGGGUUAUGUCGCCUGGAGCACAUUUCAAGGAUUCAACAGCUUAGUGGGGGAGCGGCUCCGGAUACCCCGAGUCUCAGUUCGAGAAGAAGAUAAAAACCAAGAUGGAAAGAUGGAUCAGUUGAGUUUCCAGGUGGAGCUCCCGUUACUACCUGUGGAGGAUGUGUACGGCGUCCAGCUUCUUCUCACCUUCUCCUACCAGCUGUAUAGGAUGUCCACGUUUGUUAUGCAGAGCAUGGCGUUCAUCCAGUUCACCUCUCCUGUCCCUGGAGCCAAGCUUUACAUCAAUGGGGACCUGAGGCUUCAGCAGAGGCAACCGCUAAGUCACCAGGGACUGGACACCACCUACAAUGUGUCCGUCAUCAAUGGAACAAGCCCAUUCGCAAGUUCUUAUGAUCUGACAAACAUAAUAUCGGCUUAUCAGGAGAGGAACGUGACUACCUUCUUGAACAAUCCCAACCCAAUAUGGCUUGUGGGCAGAGGCACUUCUGACCCAUUUGUGCUCCAAGCCGUCAUCCGUUACCCUGUGGAGACCAUUUCGUAUCAGCCCGGCUUCUGGGAGAUGAUCAAAUUCGCCUGGAUCCAGUAUGUCAGUGUCCUCCUCAUCUUCCUGUGGGUCUUCGAGAGAGUGAAAAUCUUUGUCUUUCAGAACCAGGUCUUCACGACGGUACCGGUGUCGCACUCCUCGUCCUCCAAGCUGCACCAAAGCUGAUGGCGGUGCUGUGGUAUCUGACCACACAUCACACUGGGUUUGGGGGAUAUUGACAAUUUAGGCAUCACAAACACUUGGGUAUUUUCUACAAUCUGAUUUUGUUUUUUACUUUUUAUUGGUUAUUCCCAUGUUAUACAGUCAGGACACAAGGAUAUGCCAUCACUUUAUGAUCCAUCGAGGUCUGGCUACCUGGUAUCCUCAUAAUCUUGAAAUGAUGGGGAGCACGGAGAGUGAAUGGUAGGUUAGCACUGCAGACUUUGAAAGGAAAGCAGCACUUAAAGGGGUUAUCCAAGUUCUCAAACAGCCCCCUAACCCCCCCUUCCCAUGUGCCGGGCCCCUCACAGGUAAUAUACUUACCCUGCUCCCAGCUCCGCUGCUUCUCCCUAUACACGGAUGGGGGGGGGGCAAAGAUAGGUCAUCAAUAUGAAAAGCUGGGACAACCUCCUUUAAGGCAACCAAGCAGUCUUAAAACGUGCCAGAUUUAUCAUAGUGGUUCACACUAUGCAGGAACCUAUUCUGUCAAUCUUGAAUGGAGAGGGAGGGGCUGGCAGCAGAAGUAGGAGGAGCAUGGGUGCACAGAGUGGCUUGGGCCCGCCCUCAGUGCACUUAACUGCAUAUUUUGCAUAUGGAUUCAAAACCCCUUUUCUCUAGAAGGAAGCAAUGGAUCGCUAAGCGAAAGUUCUCAUUACAUUCAGAUGAGCUAGUCCUACAAGGCACUGGUUUAUCAGUGAAUUUCCUGGUGACAGAAUGCCUUUAAUUUUUCACAUAUAACUUUUAUAUGGCGUGUUUUUGAUUAUUCUCUUUUUAAAUUGAUAGUAUUUUGGUGAUAAAUGAUGUAAAUGGUGUUUAAAUUGUUUGUAAGGAAAUAUUUUGUACCAUUUUUUUUUAUCAGUUUAAUAAAAGAUACA